AUGGAAUGGGUUGCUUUGGUUGAUAAUUUGGAGGCUUUUAACAAGUAUCCAUGGGGGGGGGGGAGGGGGAUUUGUUAUGAGAGGGCACUAUUUGGUUUGCAAAGAGCUUUGGAGAACCGGGUAUCCAAAUACCAAGAUAAAAAGAAAGCAAAGGGAGAAGCUGCAGUUGAAGCAUAUAGUCUUGUUGGAUUUCCAUAUGCAUUCCAGGUUUGGGCAUACGAGGCUAUUCCACUUAUUGGAUUGAAAUAUGCCACUCAUGUAGCUGAGAGUUAUCCUCGAAUAUUAAAUUGGAGUGCAACAAGUGCUCCAAGGUCUACUGAGGUUGAAAAUGUAUUUCUAGAGCCUCAUUUAACUUUUCAUUCGCUUCUAACACCCACUUUAGAGGAGCAACAACAAGACUAUUACAAACAUGUAGAUAAACAAGGAGCUUCAGCAGAAAUGUUGCACCAAUCAAAUGCCUCACAAGAUGCCAAGAAGGAUGACUUAAGGCAUGAAAAAAGCUCAUCUGACACUGCUGCAUAUGUUGCUGCUGCUACUGCUGCAAUGGCAGAAGAAACAACAAAUGAUGCAGUCGCCCCAUCAAUAGAGACUGGAAUUUUUGAGGAUGUUACAGAUGAUGAAGUGGAGAGGAAUGACAUUCCCAUGGAUGUGAACAUUGAUAUGGAAGCUUCUAGAAACCUUCAGCUUGCAGAAAAACACAUGACUAAAGAGUUGAAAGAUGACUACUCUAUUGAUGAUCCAGUUAUUGAUAUUGCCAAGUUGUUUGGUACCCCAACUAUGUCGGGCGAGUUUUCAGUAUAUGUCAUACCUCACCAUCUAUCUCCUGCCAUUUUUAAGCGAAGGCGUGAGAUUAAAAAGUCUCAUAUCUUGCAGCACCCUUUUACAGAUCCCACAAAGAGAAAGAAACUAAGAAAAAAGAUUGAGAAACCAUUAACUUCAUUUGAUCCUUUGCAUCCAAUCUCUGAAGAAGCAUUAGAGUCCUUUCAAAAGUGGAUGAGUGAUGACCAAGGGUCCACAAUUGACAUUGACUACAUGCAUAUAGAUAAAAAAUGGUUUCAAUCACUGUCUAAUCAUGGUUCAUGGCUUGCUGACACGCACAUUGAUGUUGCCUUCUUCUUUUUCCGGAAGCGGCGAAUAGAAAAUCCUCAUCUUUUUUCCCAAAAGUUUACCACAGUGGAUACUAUGUUUUGGCAAAAUGCUCAAGCAAGAUGGAUUAAGCAUGGCAAGAAGUGGAACCAAUUCAAAUUACCAGAGAAUGACAUCCUUAUUGAUUAUACCAAUGGUUUGCAGUCUCUUUAUUCUGUCAAAUGGCCUGAUGUUGACAUUGUGUAUGUCCCUAUCAAUGUUUGGGCUAGUCACUGGGUAUUAGGAGUUGUCCAUCUUCAUCGAAGGAUUAUAUACGUAUAUGACUCAUUGAUGGGCAUCAAUAAUAAUGCAAGAUUGCAAGUUGCCAUUAAACCAUUAGCCAAAUUGUUGCCACAUAUAUUGAAUGCAAUAGCAUAUUAUGGUUUCAUGGUGACACAAAAGUUAACUACCAGGAAUGGGAAAUUGAACGGUUGCAAGAUAUUCCUCAACAGGAAACUGAGUAAGUGA